GGUCCCGCCCCUCGUGUCCUCGCUGUAUCCGGCAGUGUUAAUAAAGUUGCCGCGGUUUGACAUUUGCGGCGGACAACAUGGCGGCUUCCGUGCUCAGCUCUCUGCUGCGGACCUUCCGGCAGGGAAAGAUUCUGUAGAGUGGGGAAAAUGGAUGAUGUAGGAGAGGGAAGAAUUGCUGGAGCUGUAUCCUUGGAUCCUCAUGGCUGGAGGUGGCACUGGAAGGGAGGAGACCAGACCUGGUUGCCCAGCAGGCUUCCCGGGACCAACUGGGUGGUUCCUUCAUCAACUUCAGGCCAAGUUCGAAGUUACUAUGUAGACUGGAGAAUGUUACGUGAUGUGAAGAGAAGAAAAAUGGCCUAUGAGUAUGCAGAUGAGAGACUACGGAUCAAUUCUCUCAGGAAGAAUACCAUUCUGCCAAAAGAUCUUCAGGAAGUGGCUGAUGAAGAAAUUGCUGCCCUUCCCCGGGACAGCUGUCCUGUUAGAAUCAGAAAUCGGUGUGUUAUGACGUCCCGUCCACGAGGCGUGAAGCGGCGCUGGAGGCUUAGUCGAAUCGUCUUCCGUCACUUAGCUGACCAUGGGCAACUGUCUGGGGUGCAGCGAGCAAUGUGGUAAUAUUCAGCUUCAGAGCCUGCUGAGCUCACAGGAAGACCAGUUCUGGCAAGAAGAGACUUUUCUAAUAGACAAAAACCUGGUUUUUAUGGGGUCCAGAAUAAAGGUCUGCUCUACCUGAUGCUGUCUAUAGUUAAAUUACUUUUAAAUUUUAAAUGAAAAAAUUUGGAUGUUUCAUUCUGUCAGUGAAUUAUCUUUUUCUCCUGGAGUUGAUAAAUUAAACAUAUUGUUCCCAAGUGUAGUGUGAAGAGCAGAGUAAUAAAACAUUUCUGUGAAA